CAGAGGCGUGACCAAGCGUAAGCAGGCGGGGCCCAAGCAACAGCCCCGGUCUCGCGAGGUUUGGAGUUUUGGCGAGAGUUUGUGGAAGAUGGCGCCUGUUGUGACAGGGAAGUUUGGGGAGAGGCCUCAACCCAAACGCCUCACGAGGGAAGCAAUGAGGAAUUAUUUGAAAGAAAGGGGGGAUCAGACCGUACUUAUCCUUCAUGCUAAAGUUGCACAGAAGUCAUAUGGCAAUGAAAAAAGGUUUUUUUGCCCCCCUCCCUGUGUCUAUCUCAUGGGCAGCGGAUGGAAGAAAAAGAAAGAGCAGAUGGAGAGAGAUGGCUGCUCAGAGCAGGAAUCCCAGCCUUGUGCUUUCAUUGGCAUUGGAAACAGUGACCAAGAAAUGCAGCAGCUGAACCUUGAAGGAAAGAACUAUUGCACUGCCAAAACAUUGUACAUAUCAGACUCAGACAAGAGAAAGCACUUCAUGUUAUCAGUAAAGAUGUUCUAUGGCAAUAGUGACGACAUCGGUGUGUUUUUAAGCAAGAGGAUUAAGGUCAUCUCCAAACCAUCAAAAAAGAAACAGUCACUGAAAAAUGCUGACUUAUGUAUUGCAUCAGGGACAAAAGUGGCACUAUUUAACCGGCUGAGAUCACAGACAGUCAGCACAAGAUAUCUGCAUGUAGAAGGCGGCAACUUCCACGCCAGCUCUCAACAGUGGGGAGCUUUCUACAUUCACCUCUUGGAUGAUGAAGAGUCUGAAGGAGAGGAAUUCACUGUGCGUGACGGCUACAUUCACUAUGGACAGACGGUGAAACUCGUAUGUUCAGUAACCGGCAUGGCACUCCCAAGACUGAUUAUUCGCAAAGUGGAUAAACAGACGGCAUUGUUAGAUGCAGACGAUCCUGUUUCCCAGCUCCAUAAAUGUGCGUUCUAUCUUAAGGAUACAGAAAGAAUGUACUUGUGCCUUUCUCAGGAAAGAAUUAUCCAGUUUCAAGCCACUCCAUGUCCCAAAGAACCAAAUAAAGAGAUGAUUAACGACGGUGCCUCUUGGACAAUCAUUAGCACUGAUAAGGCAGAAUAUACUUUCUAUGAAGGCAUGGGGCCAGUAAAUGCUCCAGUGACUCCAGUGCCUGUAGUAGAAAGUCUUCAGCUGAAUGGUGGAGGAGAUGUAGCAAUGCUGGAGCUCACAGGACAGAAUUUCACUCCAAAUUUACGUGUUUGGUUUGGCGAUGUGGAGGCUGAGACUAUGUACAGGUGUGCAGAAAGCAUGUUGUGUGUUGUUCCUGACAUUUCCGCAUUUCGAGAGGGUUGGAGAUGGGUUCGCCAGCCAGUGCAGGUGCCAGUUACGUUGGUCCGGAACGAUGGUAUAAUCUAUUCAACCAGCCUUACGUUCACAUACACACCGGAGCCCGGACCUAGACCACACUGCAGUGCAGCUGGAGCAAUCCUACGAGCCAAUUCAAGUCUCCUGGCCUCCAAUGAAUCCAGCACAAACAGCGAGGGAAGUUACACAAACGUCAGCACAAAUUCAGCCAAUGUCACAUCAUCCACAGCAGCAGUAGUGUCCUAACCAUAAACUUUGGACUUUUACAUGGAAGGACAUGUAUAAUGGACAUUUGAUUUUUUUUUUUUUUAUGUGCUUUCAUGGGAAAAAAAAAAAAAGGUUUCUCCAUUCUAGUUCAUGUUGCCUGAACCAUGUUACCUGCAAGUGCCGAGCAAAAUGUAAAAGCCACAAUAAUAAAAUGGAAAACAAAAAAAAAAAAAAAACUCCACCGUAAAUCUAUUUUCGCUGCAUUUUUAUUUUUACAAAAAUGGGCAAAAAAUAGAAAACGUGGCUUGGGCGAAACCUUCAGCAAGCUAAGAGAAGCCUGAAGAUAACAGUUUUUACGGACCAAGGAACUUGCAUAAGCUUUAGUCAAAGGUACAUUUUCACCAUACCUUUUUAUAUCACAACAUAUAGUACAACUUUUGUUACCAAAUAGAUUUUGUUUUCUUUGUGCUCUAAAGUAUGGUUAGGCCCCUCAAGCCUGUGCAUACUUGUAUAAUCUAAUAACCAUACUCUUCCAGUUAAAAAAAUGGUAUAUAUAUAUUUUUGGUCAAUGGCUGGAACUGUUUUUUUUUUUUUUUUUUUUCUCUUUCUUAACCGGAGUCUUUUUUUAUGAACUGAAAACAAUGUUUAUUUCUGCAUCGUAGAACCUUGUAAAGGCCAGCAUAUUUUUUUUAAGACUAUAUGAAGAGUCUCUGCAAAAGCUUUAAAAAAAUUGCCUCUACCUUGCCUGCAAUACAAACUGCGUAUGUUAAUA